AUGGCGUUGUCCGGGAGUCUCAGGAUCUCUGCGAGCUUAGUAGCUCCUUAUCAUCACCACCCUAAUCGCCUCUCAUUACCUUCUUCGAAGGUUGAUUUCACAGGAUUCAUAAGCAAUGGCGCUAACAGUGUGGAAACUCAGAAAUGUCCUGGAGUGUCAAUCAGCAGCGAAAACAAACGUGGUCAAGUGAAAGUCUUUGCAAGGGACAACGGAGGAGACUAUGAGCUAUCACCAAGCCCAGCGGAGCAAGAGAUUGAGAGCUUUCUCUUAAACGCCAUCAACAUGAGCUUCUUCGACCGGUUAAACAUAGCGUGGAAGGUAAUCUUCCCGUCACACGCGUCGAGAAGAAGCUCCAACGCAAGAAUCGCAAAGCAGCGGCUCAAGAUGAUCCUCUUCUCAGACAGGUGCGCCGUGAGCGACGAAGCCAAGAGGAAAAUCGUCAACAACAUCGUCCACGCGCUGUCGGACUUUGUAGAGAUCGAGUCGGAGGAGAAAGUUCAGCUGAACGUCUCCACGGACGGCGACCUCGGGACGAUUUACUCGGUGACGGUGCCUGUCAGGAGAGUGAAACCGGAGUACCAAGACGUGGACGAGGCUGGAUCUAUAACCAACGUGGAAUAUAAAGAUACGCUUGAUGGCUCUGUGGACGUCAGGUUCGAUUUUUAUGUACCGGAGUGA